AUGGAUCAAGUAGUAGCCAUUAUAAUUCUCCUUGUUUUCUUGUUCGCUAAUGUGAGCAUGAUCCAAGGAAGCACUAGAGUUGGAUUCUAUUCUGAAACCUGUCCCAAAGCAGAGAAGAUUGUGAAAUCCACUGUGGAAUCUUAUGUUAAUGCCAACAUAGGAAUUGCAGCUGGUCUUCUCAGGCUUCACUUUCACGACUGCUUUGUUCAGGGCUGUGAUGGAUCUGUACUAAUAAGUGGCCCUUCUUCCGAGAGGACUGCCAUUCCCAAUUUGGGAUUGAGGGGAUUCGAAGUGAUCGAGGAUGCCAAGGGUAAAAUCGAAGCAGAAUGUCCUGGCGUUGUUUCUUGUGCUGAUAUACUCGCCAUUGCAGCAAGAGAUUCAGUAGUUCUGACUAAGGGAUUGAGCUGGUCAGUGUGGACUGGAAGGAGAGAUGGAUUGGUUUCAUAUGCUUCAGAAGUACUUGCCAAUCUUCCAUCACCAACAGAUUCAGUGAGUGUGCAGAAGGACAAAUUUGCUGCGAAGGAACUCACAACCGAGGAUCUCGUCACUCUCGUAGGAGGACAUACCAUCGGACAAACAGAUUGCCAAUUCUUCAGAUACCGUCUGUACAACUUCACGUCCACUGGGAAUGCUGAUCCAACGAUAAACCCGGAUUAUCUGGCAGAGUUGCAAAGGCUUUGCCCAGCUGAUGGAGAUGCCACCAAGAGAGUGGCACUCGAUAAAGAUAGCCAAAAUAACUUUGAUGUAAGUUUCUUUAGAAACAUUAGAAAUGGCAAUGGUGUACUGGAAUCUGAUCAGAAGCUUUGGUCUGACCCUUCCACUAAGUCUUUGGUUCAAAUGUAUGCGGGGGCCUUAGGAGGCCUCUUUGGUCUUAGAUUUGAGCUUUCUUUUGCCCAAGCCAUGGUGAAAAUGGGCAACAUUGGAGUGAAGACUGGAACAGAAGGAGAGAUUAGGAAAAUAUGUUCUCAAUUCAAUGGCUGA